AUGAAGCUCUCACUUUCUAUCAAAAACAAGAUUGGAUUUCUUGAUGGUUCAAUUCCUAAACCCUCAAUUUCUGAUUUGUCUUUAUAUAAUGCUUGGAUUCAUAACAAUAACAUAGUCAUUUCUUGGAUACUUAACUCGAUUUCCAAAGACAUUUCAGCAAGUAUUUUAUAUGACGAGUCCACCUCUGAGAUUUGGAAAGAUCUUAGAGUCAGAUUUCAACGUAGGAAUGGCCCCCAUAUAUUCAAUCUAAGGAAGGAUCUUAUGAACUUGAAGCAGGAUAUGCAGACAGUUAGUAUAUACUAUACUAAGCUGAAGACGAUUUGGGAAGAACUCUCAAAUUACCGACCGAGAUGUACAUGUAACAAUUGUACAUGCGGAGGAGUCAAGAAAUUACAAGAGCACUAUCACAUGGAAUAUAUCAUGUCUUUUCUCAUGGGGCUCAAAGAUUCCUACUCUCAAGUUCGAGGUAACAUUCUCCUCAUGGAUCCUCUCCUUGAACUAAAUCGUGUUUUCCUUUUAGUUACACAGGAAGAAAACCAACGUGGACCCAUUGCUUCUGAUCUCAAUCCUUCCAUGGCAUUUGCCCUUCAAAAUGACAAAUCCUCAUCUCACCGAUCUGAUUCUGCUGCAUCCAACCACUGUCCUCCAAGAAAGAACCGCUCCUUUUGCACCCACUGUAAUGUCCUUGGACAUACUAUUGAGAAGUGCUACAAGUUACAUGGUUACCCACCUGGGUAUAACAAGUCAAAGACACCCAAAGAAGCUGCUGCAAACCAAUGA